CUUUAUCCCACCCUGUGCCACACGUUCAAGAACUCAACGGCUACGUAUUUUCAUCUCUCCUCGCCAAAGAGUUGGGAGAGAGAGAGAGAUCUUCCUUUUCCAAGCGAACAUGUCUGCAACAACACUCCCACUUCCGACCAAAUCCUUCUUCUCCACCGUCACCAACACCUCAUCCUCCACCAAGACACCACCCUCCUCUCUUCUCCUCCCACCGUCCCACUUCCAUAUUUCAGCCUAUCCAAUUCCCAGUUCCCCUCCAAAACCACCGUCGUCUUCCUCAGUUGUCACUUACCUCAAGAAGAAGAAUCCAUGGCUCGACCCUUUCGACUUUGGCGAUGACCCGGAAAUGGAGUACGGCGAGCUCUUCGCCGAUGGCAAGCAGGAAGAGGACACGAGGCCCCCAGACAACCCUGAUAACGAAUAUGGAUUCCUGAAGUUCCCGUUCGGGUAUAAUGUGGAGAUCGCUUCAUUGGGGUUGAAGAUAAGAGGGGAUGUGAGGAGGUGCUGUUGUAUGAUUGCCGGUGGGGUUUACGAGAAUCUGCUCUUUUUUCCGGCUAUACAACUGAUAAAAGAUCGGUAUCCCGGCGUGUUGGUGGACGUGAUUGCCUCUGCUAGAGGGAAGCAGACGUAUGAGAUCAAUAAGAACGUCAGAUUUGCUAAUGUAUAUGAUAUGGAGGAUCCUUUUCCUAUACCUUCAGAGUAUACAGAUAUGGUUGGCGUGCUUAAGGGGAGGUAUUACGACAUGAUCCUGUCGACGAAGCUGGCGGGACUUGGGCACGCAGCCUUCUUGUUCAUGACGACAGCGCGUGACAGGGUGAGUUACAUCUACCCAAAUGUGAACGCAGCAGGUGCAGGUCUCUUGCUUUCAGAAACAUUCACACCUGAAGGAAUGAAUCUAUCUGAGGGUGGCUAUAAUAUGUACAAUCAAAUGGUCGAGUGGUUAGGAAGACCAGCAAAAAACGUGCCAAGGCAAGAAGUGCCACCAUUGAAGGUGUCAAUCUCGAGGAAACUAAAAGAGGUCGUGGAGAAGAAAUACAAGGAAAGUGGCGCAGAGAAAGGCAAAUUCGUUGUCAUUCAUGGCAUUGAGUCCGAUUCACAGGCGAACAUGCAGUCCAGGGGAGAUCCAGACAGCUUGUUGCCUAUUCAAGUAUGGGCAGAAAUAGCCAAAGCAGUAAAGGGUGUGAGGCCUGUUUUUGUCAUUCCACAUGAAAAGGAGAGAGAAAACGUGGAGGAAGUGGUCGGAGAUGAUUCCAGUAUUGUGUUCAUCACUACACCAGGGCAGUUGGCUGCUCUUAUCAAUGAUUCUGUUGGAGUAAUUGCCACAAACACAGCGGCAAUACAAAUUGCAAAUGCUAAAGAGAAGCCAAGCAUUGCGCUCUUUUGCUCGGAAGAGAAGGGAAGGUUAUUUGUUCCCAAUGCUGAAGAUAAGAGGUGUAAAGUUAUAGCAUCAAAAACAGGGAAGCUGAUAGACAUUGAUGUGGAGGCAGUAAAAAAUGCUGCCCAGUUCUUUGAGGUCGCACUCAUUCUUGCAUAGACGCAAUUCACUAUCCGGAAACGUUAAAGUAUAUGGAUCUGAACAGCUCGUUGCUAUUCAUUCGUUGUACAUUUGCACCAAAUUCAAUAUGAGUACCUAUUAAACAGCCACAUGGAAGCAGGUCGAGAAUAAUUUGGUAAGGCAGAAUAAAGGUUCAAUAUCUGGAGUUACAUUUUGAGAUAUGAUGUAAUAGUAUCACACAAGGAUUAAAAGA